AUGGGAAGAAAUACAUCCCAAAAUAUUAUCUUCAAACACCCGUUACUGAAGCUUUCUUUGGUCAUAGUGGCGAUUCUUCUUUCCUUCCUUGGUGGAUAUUUCAUAAACUCAACUUCUUUAUCAAAAUCCUUGGAAACGGAAAUAAAAAUCAAUUCAAAUGAGAAGCGGAGUGCCUACGACGUUCAAACAGAACUUUUACGUUCAUUUAAGGCGGAAAAUCUUGAAAAAAAUUCAAGGUAUUUUUCCAGCGAGCCACAUUUUGCUGGUUCAAAACGCAACAACGAUUUAGCGCGCUACAUAGCUGAGAAAUGGCGGAAGUAUGGCUUUGAUGACGUUAAAAUGCCAAAGUAUAAUGUGCUCAUGAAUUCCCCGCGAAAAGUCUGGGAGAGCAAAGUGGAAAUUCAUCGUAAUGAUCGUGUAAUCUUUAAAUCGAAGUCCGUAGAAAAGAUUUUACGUGAAGAUGAAAAGAAAGGUAAAGAUACCCCAAUUUUCCUGGCUCAGUCCCCUAACGGGGUGGUAGAAGGAGAAGUUGUGUACGCUGACUAUGGCAAUAAAGAGAGUUUCUUACAUUUGCAAGCCGUGGGCGUGUCCGUGAAAAAUAGAAUUGUCCUUAUGCGAAUUGGCAAGAUGUAUAGAGGAAACAAGGUUCUCAAUGCUGCUUCACAUGGUGCAUCUGCGGCCAUCAUCUAUAACGAUCCUGCAGAGUAUGCACCGGAGGGAACCGGCAACAACACUUUCCCUCACUCUUGGUGGCUUCCUGACUCUGGGGCCCAGCGUGGAGCAGCAAGAAACGCAACGGGGCUUGGUGACCCACUCACCCCAGGUUUUCCCUCUGUGGAUGGUAUUUACCGAGAGGUACUUAAUAACAAUGGUUCUUCGCCAAUCCCUGCCAUUGUGCUAUCCUACGGGGAUGCGCAGGAGAUACUGCGUCGCAUGAAAGGUCUUAAAGCACCAAAGAGUUGGCAAGGAGGUUUGCAGUUAACUUACUAUAUCGGACCUGGAUUUAAAGACAAAAGCCUCACUUUGCGUGUGGAUGUCAACAGCAGCUUGGAAUUCAAAACCAUUUACAAUGUGAUCGGCCAGAUUAGGGGCGCAAAAGAACCCGACCGUUAUGUACUCCUGGGAAAUCAUCGAGACGCCUGGGUAUUUGGUGCUGCCGAUCCUGUUAGUGGUACGGCUGUGUUGAUGGAACUAUCACGUGGUUUAGGAGAGUUGAUUAAAAAAGGAUGGAGGCCACGCCGGACAAUAAUGCUGUGCAGCUGGGAUGCAGAAGAAAUUGGUGCUGUUGGAUCAACGGAAUGGGUCGAGGAAAAUACUCAAAUUCUUCAAAAUCGCGCUGUUGCUUACCUUAACAUAGACCAGGCUGUUAAUGGUAAUUUCAGUCUUAAUGUCGAUGCCAGUCCUUUACUCAAACAUUUGGCAUUACAGUUGACGCAAGAAAUUUGUGAUCCAACAGUUCCAGAUACUUGCAAAAGUAUGUACGAAGUCAUGUUGGAGAGAGAUAUAACUAAACAUGUUAAUGGCCGCGCAGUAUGUAACGAUUUGUCAUUUGGUAGUGAUUAUGGAGCGUUUUACCACUUCCUUGGGAUUCCCUGCGCAGAUUGGUCUUAUAUCUUUGGAGGACGAUACAACAUCAGGAGAGCGUAUCCCGUUUAUCACUCCGUGCACGACACGUUUUACUGGAUGAAAACUUUUGUUGAUCCUGAAUUUCAAACUCAUCUGGCCGUGACAAAAUUUGCAGGGGCAUUUCUUCUCAAACUUUCCGACUCUGAACUGUUACCUCUCAACACAACCAGUUACGGAGAAUUCUUAAAAUCAAAAGCAGUUUCCUUGGAAAAGAAUGCUACUCUAAGGGCGCAUAACAUCAGCACGGUUUCUUUUUCUCGCGCAGUGAGGAGAUUUGCAAAAGUUUCGCGUCAGUUUGAAAGAGGCAAGUUAAAUGAGAAACCAGAGAACUACCGCAUCCUGAACGAUCAAAUGAUGCAAGUGGAAAAAGCUUUUAUACAAACUGUAGAAGAAAACGACUGGAAACUUUCCAGACAUGUAAUACAUGGCCUCAACAUCGAUGAUCUGUACGAUAACUUGUAUUUUCCGCGUGUACAUUAUGCCAUGAUCAAGGCGAAAAAAACAGGAGAUUGGAAAUUGGUGGAAAAAGAGAUAUCUUUGCUGACAUAUGCCAUUACUUCUACUGCAAAUGUUCUGAAACCCAUAUAAAGACGAAGAUAUUUUUGAACUUUUAUUUGAAAAAUUGGUUUCCUUCGUUAUAUUUUAAUACCCUGAAUAUGACAGCUUCCAGCUUGAGAAAACACAAUCUUUAUUAGUCCUAUGGCCAAAAUGUAACAUGUGUGUGCUAGCCUGUUGAUUAAGGCUUCAAACUAGAGCGGUCCAGGAUCGAGUCAAGAUCAAAGCCCGGAAAGAAACUUUACUUUUACUACGCAACCGAUACCCGGGAGAAAAAAAUUCAUAGCACAAACGAACUGUAAGGGAGGCCCUGACAAAAAGCUAGAGGUUAGGCUCCGUCGCACUAUGAUUCCGAAAUCGGGAUGAACUCUCAAGCUGUGCAAACCAGGCUGUUUCACAAUCUACAGGUGCUUUGUUUGUUUGCCGACGUUUGUUUGUUUGGAUUUACUCCUGGUUUUUAGUUUUUCUCCUGUACCUAGUAAAGUAUUCCAUUUUGGCCAUGAAGGCAACUCCAUGAUGGAGAAAGCAUGGUUGCCCGUUCGAGUGGGACAGUUCUUCUACCGUUAGAUAAAAUAAUCAAGUUGAAGUCGCAGUGCAUUAAUGCUCAAUGGGGGUAAGUUGUUAAAGAAGAGCUCAAUUUUAGUAUUCAUAGUCCAUGAACUAGAAAUGAAUGACCUCGGUAAUGAUACUAUCAGAGAAGAGAGCCGAGGAAACGUCUGAUUCGUUAGCUUCUAGCGAUCGAAAAGAAGCCUGAACCUUAUUUACUUGUGUCAACUCUACACAAGAUCCUUGUAACUGAGACACUCAUAUCAACAGCUAGUGUAGCUCGGCCAGCUAGCUCCCAGCUAUUUAUUUAUUUACGAUAUUUUGACAGACUGGCCCAGUUCAGCUUUAAAGCUACUUUAAAUUGGGGCCUGCAUGUAUAAAAAAUAACAAGGCCAGACCACAA